CGUGCCACUCCGAGCACGCCACGGCCACCACACUGGGCCCCGGCGACGGCGGGGACAGCCGCCGCAACAAGUACACCCUCUUGAUGGACAGCUCGGCGCGCGCCCGACCGCUUCCGCGCAACACGGUACUCGGACUCUGAGCCUCCACCCCGACGCCCCGACGCCCCGACGCCCCGACGCCCCAGCGCUGCGGAGCUACAGCGACCACCAUGGCGGCGUUGAACAGCACAGCGGCACCCUCGUUCUCGACAGACGAAGAAUUCCGGAGCAACGUCGACGAUGUCUUUCUCAUUGGCAACGGCAUCGUGGUCGUAUUCAUGCAGGCCGGUUUCACAUGCCUGGAGGCCGGGUCGAUCCGGUCCAAGAACGUCACCAACAUCGUGCUCAAGAACGUCCUGGACAUGUUCAUCAGCGGCAUCCUGUACUGGCUGGUGGGCUUCGCCUUGGCCUUCGGGUCGGGCUCGGGGCCUCUGGGGGCCUUCUUCGGCGGCUCGCUGUGGGCCGGCCUCGGGGUCGGCGACGCGGGCCAGCCCCGGAUGUCCAAGUGGUUCUUCCAGUUCACGUUCGCCGCCACCGCGGCCACCAUCAUCUCGGGCUCGGUGGCGGAGCGCUGCCGCUUCGUCACCUACCUUUGCUACAGCGCCCUCAUCUCCGGCGUGGUGUACCCCACCGUGUCGCACUGGGCCUGGCACGACGACGGCUGGCUCAACGUGCUGGGCUUCAGGGACUUCGCCGGCUCCGGCGUGGUGCACCUGGUGGGCGGCGCGUGCGCGCUGGCGGGCUGCGUCUUCAUGGGGCCCCGCAAGGGCCGCUUCGUCGGCGGCCAGGUGCAGGACCUGGCGGGCCACUCCACGCCGCUGACUGGCGUGGGCGCCUUGAUCCUGGCGGCCGGCUUCCUCGGCUUCAACGGCGGCUCCCAGGGCAGCAUCUCGGCGCCGGGCGACGGCGCCGCGGUGGCCAAGGCCGUCGUCAACACGGUGCUGUCCGGCGCGGGCGGCGCGCUGUGCGGCCUGUUCGCGGUGCGGCUGGGCGCCGUCAACAACCCGGCCUGGGGCUUCGCCGUGCCCACCAACGCCAUGCUGGCCGGGAUGGUGUCGGUGUGCGGCGCCGUGAACCAGCUCGCCAUGUGGGCCGCCGUGGUGACCGGGGCGGUGGGCGCGGUCUUCUUCCUGGGCCUGCACGUCCUGCUGCUGCGUCUCCAAGUCGACGACCCCCUGGACGCGGCGCCGGUUCACCUCGGCGCGGGCUUCUGGGGGCUGUUCGCCGGGCCGCUGCUCACCCCGGACGGCAUCCUGUACUCGGUCACCUCCGAGUCGCUGUCGUUCCUGGCCUGCAACGCGGCGGGCGCGCUGGCCAUCCUGGUGUGGUCGCUGUGCUGCAGCGUGAUCAUGUUCACCGUGCUGCGGGUCUCCGGGCUGCUGCGCGUCACGGAGGAGGAGGAGUUGAAAGGCCUCGACGUGUCCGUCCACAAGGAGCCCGGCUACCCGCUCAGCGCGUGGACGCAGUGGGCCGACUCGGGGCUGCCGGGGCUCGCCCUGUCCCUCCCCAACCCCGGGCCCCACAAGUUCAACAGGUCCGACCGGCCGCCCGGAACGCCUCUACACCGCUUCACUGAAAGGCUGUGAGCGUCGAAAGGCUUCGAGUUCGAGUGUCCGUCCGUCGAGUGGCCCUCGUUGUUGUCGGCCACGAACGCCCUGGAUCGAGUCUUACAGCGUGCUGGAGCUGGGAAUGGAAAAGAGCGGAAUGAACCAGAGCAGGGAGGAGUGAAUCAACAACAGCCCAGAACGUUGCGCCAAUGAGCAGGCAGGACUCACUAUUGGACAGUGGCGUGCGCAAGGGGGGUCAGGGGGGUCAUGACCCCCCCCUUUGGCCACUAGAAGGCGCCUGGAAGGUAGGCAAAUUGCGUCACUUCUCCCCUGUAAGUAGGCAAAAAGCAUGGACUGACCCCUCCCUUUCAAAAUUUCUGCGCACGCCACUGCUAUUGGAUUCAUCUUAGACCGCGUUUAUCACCCCCAACCUCACCUCUGUGACCUGGGUAACACGCCCUUCUCAUGUAUUUAGGCUGUGACAACUUUCACCCCAUCCCCCAACCCAAAAAAAAAUCACGGUCAUACAGUGUAGUCCCUAGAGAAAGAAUCUCUAGGGUGUUGUCCCAUGCCAAUCUCGAUGAAAAACGCAGAUUUCUGUGUCUAAAUGUGUUUUGUUUGUUGCUUCACUCGUCUCAAUUUAUGGUGAUAGAAGGCCAGGCAAUGGCUUUAAAUUGGAUCUCAGAGAGAUGGUUCGAUUUCGUUUGCCACGAGACUCCAACGAGACUUGGAACUUUUCGUGGGGUAGGAUCAGGAAAUUUUCUUGUUGACAUUUUCGGUUGUGAAAUGUUUAGUGCCUACGAUCAAUAUAAAGUGUUUGAUACGGGCCCAGAAGGAAGGUAUAUUGGCAAAUAUUUUGUUCUUUUAACAAGCAUAAUCUUACUAGGUCCUUAAAUAAUGUUCUUUUUCGCUAUGAUAAGUAGUACUCUGUGGCAAACUCGUCAGCUCUCAUAUAGUGUGUGUCUUUUCAGGGUUCCAACCCCAAAUCUAUGUCUUGAGACAUUUUGUUGUUAUAGGAAAUAGGAGUGUUAUAUGGUGUAUGAAAAAUUUGUACAGUUAUGAAUUAAAGGUGACGUUAACGAUACUGCUAACGUCACGAACGAAAGUGAG